AUGUCUUUCGACUUUUUGGGGAUUAAAAAAGCACUGUUUGGAAAUGAUACGCCUCAACCAGAACUUAAGUCUCUCAAUAUAGAGGGUGUGACACAAUUAAUUCAGGAUGGUCAAGUCAACAAAAUAAUAACUAUGGUGGGUGCUGGCGUGUCAACAGCUGCUGGAAUACCUGAUUUUCGAAGUCCAUCUUGUGGCAUAUACGACAACUUGGAAGAGUUUAACUUGCCCACUCCUAACACAAUAUUCUCAAUUGAUUACUUUCGACACAAUCCCAGACCUUUCUUUGAGAUUGCAAGGCGUUUGUAUCGACCAGAAGCAAAGCCUACGUUGGCUCAUUGUUUUAUCAGGUUACUUCAUGAAAAAGGCUUACUUCUUAGACACUAUACACAGAAUGUUGAUAGUUUGGAACGCUUAUCUGGCUUACCAGAGGAGAAAUUGAUCGAAGCUCACGGAACAUUUCACACCGGACACUGUAUUAAGUGCAAUAAACUGCAUGAUUUCGAAUUCAUGCUAAAUGAAAUUUUAGCCAAAAAAGUGCCUAAGUGUCUUGAAUGCAAAGAUGUUGUCAAACCUGAUGUUGUACUUUUUGGUGAAAGUAUGCCUAAGAAAUUUUUCAAGAAUCUUUCUUCGGAUCUCAAUAAUUGUGAUUUACUCAUCAUAAUGGGUACCUCGUUAACUGUAUUGCCAUUCUGUGCUAUGAUUCAUCGUGUUGGUAAUGAUGUCCCGCGACUCUACAUUAAUCGAGAAUAUAACGAUGGAUCUACAGAGCCUGGUUUAUCUUCAUUCAUUAUGCGGUUUAUGGUGGCUGGUUUUAAACAGAAUUAUAUGAAAUGGGGCAGGUCUGAUAAUAAACGUGAUAUAUUUUGGUCAGGUAAUGCUGAUGAUGGUGUAGUCAAAAUAUCAGAACUUCUCGGCUGGAAGGAUGAUCUUUUGAGAUUAAAAGAGGAAACGGACUCUCGCUUAAGUGAAGAGUUUAUAGCAAAGAAAUCCCAUAACAAAAUCAAUGGGCAAUGA